AUGUGCGGGGUGACUUCUCCCCAGGCCCCCGGGCCUUGGUGGGAAGGGGCUGCAGUUCCUCUCCCUGAGGCCAGCUCCCCCUUGCAGAGCAGGAGGGUCCAAGGAGCCCUCACGCAGAGGGGGUGCGGGCAAGUGUUUCCGGGGCAGGAGGUGGGGAGGGGCUCUGGGCCGAGUCUCCCUCCCGGAGGCUCCGGGGGGGGGGGGCGGUGGACGGUCCCAGGGGAGCGGCAGAGGUCUGCAGGGGACCCUGGACCAGAGCCCCUCACUGCCCGGCUGACGGGCUUCUCUGGGCAGGCGGCCCACCGUCAGGCCCGUCUGCCGGGCGGAGAGCAGCUGAGGAGCCAGUGCGUCUUCAGCCUCGAUGGGCUGCCCCGGGGGGCGUCUGUGUUUGCUAAGAGAAACCGCGGUGUUCAACCCAAGCCCGCUGCCAGCGGUGACCGCAGGCCUGUGACCCUGGAUGUGGGAGAGCCAGGGGGUGGGGGCUCCCGGAAGCCAGCCGCACCUGAACGGGGCUGGGGACCCGCGGGAGGGGUCGUGGACCUGACGCAUCUCAGCCCCCCGGACCCCACCUCCCACCAGGGCCAGGAAGCGCCCAGAAGUGCUUGCGCUCACUCUCUUCUGCACCCAGUCCCAUUCCCGAAAAUGGCAGACGGAGGAACCGUGUUCACGUGA